GAUAUGGUCCUUUUUUUUUGUUUUACUUCAGAACAGAGCUCUGCUAACACAGGCCAUUUAUUUGCUUUAGAAUUCUAUCUGAAUACAUAUGUUUGUUGGUAAGGAAAAGUCUUUGGUGUGUAUUUACCAGAGAUGACAUUGGAAAUGCUUAAUAAGUUGAGUGUUUGUUAGCAGUGUUAGCCUAGCAUCUCCUGUUUUAAACUAAAGAAGCACUGCAUUCAAGGUGAGUGAUAAAUCAUGCUAAUCUAUUUUUUUUUUGACACACUAUACUAUUGGGAAAGUAAAGGUAGAAAUAAAAAUAUGCCCUUUUAGGCUCUUUAAUGUUAUAGUUAAUUGUAAGAUUGACCAUUAAGCUCUCUUUCUUUAUCACUUUUUUGAGGGCCCUAAAGAAGGUAAAGGCCAGAUUUUGCCAUUUUUUAUUUGAUGCCGUUCAUAAGUUGAGUUAUUUAGGGUGACACUAGAUAUGUUGUUGCAGUUCUGUGCAUGCAGUCACAUUAAGAAAAUACAUGGUACACACAAUUAUGGUCAUAAUUGUAACUUAACAAACCUUAAGCCUGCUUUUUCUGAAAUGGGCUUUUCUUUUUUUUCUUUUUUUAUUUUAUUAGAUUUGUGUCACUUUAAUGUUGUACAAAUGUGGAUAAAUAUUUAAUACAAACGUCUAAGAGGGAAAAAAAAACAUACGGCUGCACAAUAUAUUGUUUUAGCAUUAAUAUCGCAAUGUACACAUGCAAUGUUUUGUGCAAUGUCAAAUUACAAAUUAACUUUUUAGCUGCUCGAUACAAAGGAAAAUUAACAUUGAUCUCAUUUUGCAUGACAAUAUCUACCAGAUUAACAAUAUCUACACAUGAUAUCAUUUUUAGUCCAAUUAUUAUUACACAGAUUACAUUAUUCUCAUCGUGACAUGUUGGAUCAUUAAAAUCUAGAGGAAUUUGGUAAAAUGUAUAACAUAUAUAACAAAACAACAAAAUACUGCAAGGUCCUAGUAUUAGCUACACAUUUGUUUAAAUUACAGACACAGGUCACUUUUACAGUUCUGAAUAAAUGUGAAUUGUCAUCAUAGCCAGAUCUUGUCUAAGCAAAAACAAAUGAUUGAUUAUUGAGGCUUGUUAUGUGAAUGUAGCCUUAGUCUAUAGGCUUUCAUGAAUCAGCCUAUAGACUAAACCCAUGCUCCUUUACUAACAUUUUAAUCCAAGACAAAUCUCUCUCUAUCCCUUCUUUCUCUUUUCUCAGGCAGUUGCUAUGAUGGCCAGCACCACUAGAUGGUACAUGUCUCUCAUGUAGGAAGGAAACAAAAGAAUAUGGGUGUGACUGAUCAGCCUUCAGUCCACUGUGGGGAUAUAAGCACAACUUGAACCACUGCAGAGUAAUCAGAAUAAAAUUAGUAUUGAGUAUCAAAGUGUAGAGAUUAUAUCCUGUACUGAACUAUACUGAACACUGACAGACAGCAUUCAGAGCAAAACAUCUGCCAUUCUCACUCAUUUACUUACUUCCUCACUCAUUCACUUUCUCACUUACUUAUUCACUCCCUCACUCACUCACUUCCUCACUCACUUCUUCACCCACCCACUUCUUCACUCACUUACUCAUAUAUUCACUUCUGCACUCACUUCCUCACUCAUUCACUUUCUCACUACCUUCCUUACACCUUCCCUCACACACACCUGCACUCACUCCCUCGCUUCCUCACUGACACACUGACUUCCUCACACACUCAUUCAUUCGUGCAAUUCCUCACUCACUUCCUCAUUUUCUCACUCUCCUCCUCAUAUAUAUCCUCACUCACUUCUUCACACUUAAUCCCUCAAACACUUUCUCAAUCUCACCCCCAAUUUACUCAUUCCCUCACUUCUUAAUAUACUUCCUCACUUUUUCCUCACUUCCACACUUCACUCACAAUUGACCAUGCUCUCUCAUCACUAAGUGUGUGGUAUUGGUCAGCACAAAUCAUUUAUUUAAUAGUUUAAUAAAGCACACAAAUAAAACAAUGAUUUGGUAAUCAUCCAAUGUUUGCAAUUAUCCUUUAUUAAAGUAUAUUACAGGUUACCAUCGUUGCAUCUAUUGGUCACCAGUUCCUCAAAUGGCCUAAAUAUUUGGACAACUGUUCUUAGGACUUGGAUAUUGGUAUUUUGGAAAAUAGAGUAUGUUUUAAAUGUUAUUUGUAGUACAUACCAUAUCUGUAUGAAAUCCAUGUUGUAAACAUAUGCAAUAUACAAUGUCAUGCUUUAUUGAUGAAUACACUUUAAUUAUGUAUUUUGAAUUUCAAAUCUGCUUCCUCUUUGCAAUCUUAAUUAAAAUUCAGGAACUGAAUACAUCUGUUAAUCUAUUCAUCUAUCUGUCUGUCUGUAUAUAUAUCUUUAUCUGUCUAUCUAAAUAUCUGUAUGUCUGUUUGUCAGUAGAGUACAGUAGUGAGGAGUGUGUGGACAGUCAGUUCAGUUAAAGGGUUAAACUCGGGGCGUUUCCUCCUCCUCCUCCUCCUCCUCUGCUGCAGGUGCUGCUGCUGCUUCCCUGCAGAGCUCCAUCUGCCUAGUCCUCUGAGCCCCCCAGCACUGCACUGCGAGACCACCAGCCCAGCAGAGCUCACCACGCGUUCAGCUGCAGCUUUAACCCGAGGAGGACCAGGAGCUCAUCAGUAGCAGCAUCACCUCCUCUUCCGCAGCAGCAGCAGCAUCAGUAUCAGCAGCAUCCGGAGGAACCCACCCAGUGAUUCACUGUGACUGAUUAUCUCUCUCUUUAUCUGUCUCUCUUUUUCUUCUUAUCGUUCUCUCUCUCAGUGUCUCUCUACCCCCUGUCUUUCUCCCCAUCUCUCCAUCCAUCUCUCUGCAGUCAUGGCGUGGCCGUGCAUCGCGCGCGCCUGCUGCAUGAGCCGGCUGUGGAGCGAGCUGGACAAGGCGGACAUCGCGGUGCCGCUGGUCUUCUCCUCCAGCUACUCGGAGGUGGCGGACGGGCAGCAGGCCGGCGGGGGUGCGGCGGAGGCUCGGCGGGACGGGGCGGCUCCGGGCGUCUCCUCCAGCGUCAUGCACGAGGACUUCAGGGCCUGGAGGGUCCGGCCCGAGAAGAGCUGCAAGCCCAAGCACGAGUACAGACCCUCCGGAGCCCCCUUCACAGACCAGACCCAGUACCAGAAGGACUACAAGCCGUGGCCCAUCCCCAGGAAAGGAGACCACCCCUGGAUCCCCAAAGGAGCGAAUCCCCCCGGCAAACGCGAGCCCGAGGAGCGCGAGACGGGCGUGGAGAAGUGCGAGAUCGAGGAGAGGGUGCAGGAGAAGGAGAGCAAGGAGCGGAGGAAGAAGAGCAGGAAGGAGAAGGAGCCCGCGAGCCUGGAGGAGAAGAGUGUGAAGCAGCAGGUGAAGGAGGAGGUGGUGAAGAAGCAGCAGGUGAAGGAGGAGGUGGUGAAGAAGGAGGAGGAGGGCGAGGCUAAAGCCAGGUCUGCCGUAGAUGCUCUGAACAGGCAGAUUAAACAGGAAGUGACGUCUGGAAGCUCCUACAGGACGGAGUUCAAAGCAUACUCCAAUGUUAAGCCAGUAAAACCUAUUAAAGCCAAAUCCCAGUAUAAACUGCUGGUAGAGGAGAAGGCCAGUCUGGAGACGAGCUACAGUGCCACCUUUAAGGGCGAACAGGUGAAGCCACAGCCCACAGACAAUAAAGUAAUGGAGCGGCGGAGGAUACGCAGCCUUUACAGCGAGCCCAGCAGCAAAGAACCCAUCAAGGUGGAAAGGUCCAGCGCAUCCCACUCAAGACCAAAAAAGACGACAAGCCAUAGCAAAACAGCGAGUAAGGCUAAAGCAAAGCAAAUCACUGCUACCCAACCUGCCAAGAAGAAGACCUCAGUGAGCAACCUGGAAUUAAACCCAGAGGGAGGCGUCACCAAGAAGAGUAAAGAAAUCAUCAACAGACUGGCUGAGGGGAAGGAUUAAGUGCACUUUGUGUGUGUGUGUGUGUGUGUGUGUGUGU